GGGCCGAGCUUCCUACGUCCCCAUCCCGGUCUCCGCGCCGACAGUGCGCCCUCGCUCAGCUCCCCGAAGCGAGGCUCUCCAGAGCCCGCAGCCCGCGAUCGCAGCGUCCCUGAAGAGGCAGCCCGGGGUAGGGGUGUCGCGGAGCCCCUAACCCCGGGCCGCCAGGCUGAAACCUAGCCGGACCCUCUGCCAACCGGCCUCUCUGCUGCAGCUGUGUGUGUGUGAGAUGCUCGAAGUCUGCGUGGAGCCAUCCCUUGAGAGUUCAGUGGAUGAUUUUUUAAUGUGGCGCUAGAGAUUUUCUUUAGCCCACAUAAAGUAUUUCUGCUGCUGCUGACGCUGCUGCUGCUGCCUUUUAUUUAUUUAUUUUCUUCCUUUGCCCGGGCUUUGCCCUGCCCCGGUGGACAUGAUGGCCCACUCCAAAGCCAACGGCUCCCACCACGCACUGACCGCCAUCGGCCUGGGCAUGCUGGUCCUUGGGGUCAUCAUGGCCAUGUGGAACCUGGUCCCUGGCUUCAGCAGUGCAGAAAAGCCAACAGCUCAGGGGAACAAGACUGAAAUAGGCAGCGGUGGUGGUGGCGGCGGCAUUCUCAAGAGCAAGACCUUCUCCGUGGCCUACGUGCUGAUCGGCGCGGGGGUGAUGCUGCUGCUGCUGUCCAUCUGCCUGGGCAUCCGAGACAAGAGGAAACAGAGACAGAACGAGGAGCUGGCCCGCAUCCAGCAGCAGGCUGGGGCUGCGCCUCACGCCCAGGAGGAAGACAGCCAGGAGGAGGAGGAGGAAGAGGCCUCUUCCAGGUACUACGUGCCCAGCUACGAAGAAGUCAUGAACACAAACUACUCAGAAGCCAGGGAGCCGGAGCCGAACCCCAGGCUGAGCGUGUCUCUCCCAUCCUACGAGUCCCUCACAGGCCUUGACCAAACGAUGCCCACCAGGGCCGAGGUGGAGCCGGGCCCCGCAAACACCCCCAACAGACAGAACUCCAAGUUAGCCAAGCGCCUGAAGCCGCUGAAGGUUCGCAGGAUCAAGUCCGAGAAGCUGCACCUCAAAGACUUUAGGAUCAACCUCCCGGACAAAAAUGUGCCCCCCGUCUCUAUAGAGCCGCUGACCCCUCCGCCACAGUAUGACGAGGUGCAGGAGAAGGCCCCCGACGCCCGGCCCCCCGACUGAUGGCCGCUCUCGGGGCGUUCCCUCUUCCUCCUGCCUCUCACAUCCACACUGCAGAUUGUGGCAAAGCUACACGGGGCCCGGCGGAGUCACAGAGGGGCAGUACGCACCUGGCCUUUGGGUUGGGGGACUCUGCGAUCAAUCGGACAGGACCGAGGAUUGGCCCAGGUCCACCGCGGCAGGGGCAGCCGAAGGGGGACUGUGUGGAUGUUGUCCGGAGUGCAGCAUAGACUUCUUCCUGUCUUCCUUCCCUGAGGCCACACGCUCCUCUCCUGAGCUAGGAAAGGAUGCCUCGCAGCGUGGUUAGAUGGUGGCUGUUGUCUUUUGCUUCUGUUAUGACCGUUUUGUUCCUAGAAGAAAACAAGUCAUGCAUUUCACCCCUUCCCCGAAUCCCAAGGUGGGGACAGAGGGAGAACCUGGCUCAGCUUUGCUCCCAGGCUCCAGGGCCACCUGGUGCAGGAAGCCAUGAGUGGUGGAGCGGAGCCGGUGGCAGCUCUCGGGGUCCCCAGUGCUGUCGGUUCUUUGAGGGCGGGGGCCUCGGGUCUGAUGCACUUGAGCACGUGAUGCGUGUGAUAAUAGCCACCCUGGUACCAUUUUCCAGUUGUACCUUCUGUCUAUCAGCAAAGCAGGACACUAUAGCCACUUUCUUCCCCCUGAGAUGUCGUGGGACUGAGCUUUUUAUAAUAAAAUAUUUUAUAUGUAACACA